AUGGAGAACGACAAAGAGAAUGUUGUCCAGGCAGUGGUCGUUAUGGAUUUAUUCAAUAAUAAUUUUCUUCCAAUAAACAGUGAAAAACCGAUGGGACUUUUACCAAUAGCUGGGAUACCUCUUAUUGAUUAUACUCUGGAAUCAUUAUUUCUUGGAGGUGUUGGUGAAGCUUUAUUAUUUUGUUGCCAAGAUGGAAACAAAAUAAAAGAUCACAUAAAGAAAUGUAAAGAAGAAAAAGCAUUAUGGAGUACAACAAUGGAAGUUCAAGUAGUUAUGUCGGACACUUGUCAAACAAUGGGUGAUGUUAUGAGAGAAAUAGACGCCGCUGGACUAGUCAGAGGACAUUUUGUUCUUUUAGGUGUUAAUUCUAUCACCAAUAUGAAUUUUGCUACGCUGCUAGAAAAACAUAAGCAAACCUGUAAAAAAGACAAAGGGGCAGCAAUGACAAUAGUUUACAAGGAGGUUGCAUGGGAGCAUCCUUUAAUUAAUAACGACAAUUCAGUGCUACUAGCGGCAGAUGGAAACACACAUAAAAUAUUGAUGCAUGAAAAGCACAAGCCUAAAUCAAAGAAAACAACCAUUUCUUUACCCUUAGAGUGUGUAUUAAAUCAUUCCGAGGUGCAGUUGCAUCAUAAUUUGGUAGAUCCAGGUAUUGCGUUAUGCUCUCCUUCAGUUCCGCCUCUGUUUUCUGAUAAUUUUGAUUUCCAAAAUAGAAAUGAUUUUAUUUAUGGCAUCUUGAUUAAUGAGGAUAUUUUGGCAAGUUCUUUAUAUUACACCGUGUUGGGUGAAAAACAAUAUGCAGCAGCUAUUACCAAUUGGAAAACUUAUCAAACAGUGUGUUGGGACAUACUACAUAACUGGGUUUAUCCAUUAUCUAUUGAAACUGGAUCGUUUUAUCAGAACACAUAUCUCUCGAUGGGAAAUCACAAUUUCAGGAAAACCGAUUCUACUUUAAGCAGAUCCUGUUCAUUACUGGGUGAUGUAUUAAUUGGCGAGAAAAGUCAUAUUAGUGAUAUGACAAAAAUAUCAAAAUCAAUAAUUGGGAAUAAUUGUAUAAUCGGAAAAGAGGUUGUUAUCCAAGGCAGUCAUCUUAUGGAUAAUAUUAUAGUUAAAGAUAAUACAAGGAUAAUAAAUUCAUUCAUUGAUGAGGGUUGUGUGAUUGAGGAAAACUGCAAUUUAGAGGGUGUUAUUGCUUCUAAUAAAAUAUGUGUUAAAUCAGGAAGCAUACUGAAAGGAAACAUUCUUGGUGAUGAACAAUCUGAAGAUGAUAGAAAACCGUCUAAAUCCACAUUAGAAAGUGGUACAGAAUGGGAAAAUGAAUCAUCGAGGGAGGGAGACGAUGAGUUUAUUGGGUUCGAGAAGGAUUGGAGUGCAAGUGAUUCCUGUUAUUCAUCUGAGAGUAGCGUUGAAUCUCUAUCAGAUUCACCUAUACCUGAAGAUACUAAUAUCUUCCUUCAAGAGGUAAUAGAUAGUUUAGCAAGGGGCUAUGACGACAAACUUAAAUGUGAUUUCCUUAUAUUGGAGAUCAACUCAUCGAGAUAUGCAUACAACAUACAGUUGCAUGAAGUCAACUUUUUUGUUGUGAGGGCACUACUUAGCUUGCCUGUUUUGGCUGAGAGUAAGAGUGUACUCAAUUCCGUGAAAGACACAAUCAAAUUCUUCCGACCUGUACUGGCAAAUUAUAUUAAAACAAAAUCAUCAAUAAUGGACUGUUUAAAGGCUGUAGAGGAAAGUUGCCUUAAAAAUGAAUGGCUAGAUGGAAAGGCGGGGCAGGUUAUACAUUUGUUAUAUGAAGCAGAUGUUGUGGACGAGGACUCUUUACUUGAAUGGUUUGAGGAUUUGAAAGAAAAUGAGAGCCCGCUUGUGAAUCAAACAUCAGUUGUCAAAUUUUUCGAUUGGCUCCAAGAAGCUAGUGAAGAAAGUGAUGAUUCUGAUGAAUAA